AUGUCAAUCACCACCAUACCUCUCCGACCCCUCGUGUCGAAGGCACGUGCGGAGAAAAAUGACCGUUCCCCCCAUGCCGGCAAAGUCGGACACUUUGAGUCUUCCACAGUACACCCCGAGGGAAAGGGCUGCACAGACAUGGAGAUAGGCGACUGCGACACUCUCCAUGACCGAAACUAUGCCGGAGGGGGUCGGGCGUCAGUCGCGGAGAAGGAAUACACGCCUGAUCUGAGCUUCUUGACGGCCGAACACCCGCUCUUCCCACCCAUGCCUUCCUACGGCCCUCCCUCUGCCACCCGCCGGAUACAAGACUACAUGUUUAUCGGUGUGUCUUUCGUCCUGUCGCUGUGCUUUUUGACGGCCAUAUUUGUCGGGGCCCUCGUGCGCACGGCCGCAGUCGCAAUCACGGACGCUCGGCUACGGAUGACCGGUCACAACCCAGAUACACAGCGCGCGUUCUACGAAGAAGAGCUUGUAAGAAGGAAAGCGCGCGCCGAAGCCGAUCGCAGGUGGCAUCUACGUCAGCAGAAAAGGGACACCGACGAGGAACAGGGUUUGGAGGAGUGUCCGUCGUUGGAAGGCGGCAAAGAUCCCAUUGUUUGUGAUGUCGCAUACUAUGCCCGUCGGGUUGGCCUUGACGUCGAGACAUUCCGCGUGCAAACAGAGGAUGGCUUCAUCAUUACCCUGUGGCACGUGUUCAAUCCUCAAGAGUACACUGCGCUUUCGCCUGAAGCAAGGCGUGAACGUGGACCCCAGGUAUUCACCAGGCCGAAAAUGCAAAAUCCGAGGAGCCAAGAGGCUCCGAGGCGGUAUCCCGUCCUCCUAGUCCACGGGUUGCUUCAAAGCGCUGGCGCAUUCUGCACCAACGACGAAGACAGUCUGGCAUUCUACCUUUGCAAGGCUGGCUAUGAUGUUUGGCUAGGUAACAACCGCUGUGGCUCAAAUCCCGAGCAUACCACUUUGUCGCCAGAUGACCCACGUAUGUGGUCUUGGGACAUUCGUCAUUUAGGGACGCUGGACCUUGCGGCCCUCACUUCGCGUGUUCUCUAUGAGACUGGGUUUGAGAAGCUGGGUCUUGUAUGCCAUUCCCAGGGCACCACACAGACCUUUGUCGCUCUAGCCAAAGAACAGCGCCCCGAACUGGCUGAGCACAUUUCAGUUUUCUGCGCCCUUGCACCUGCUGUAUAUGCCGGGCCCCUUGUACAUCGGCCGUACUUCCGAUUCAUGAGCAUUCUAUCGCCGGCUGUGUUCCGACUCGUCUUUGGCAUUCACUCUUUCAUCCCUGUCAUGAUGACCGCCCGUCGUCUACUUCCACCCAGGAUAUAUGGAACCCUAGCGUAUUGGGUAUUCUCAUUUUUAUUUGACUGGUCUGAUACUCGGUGGGAACGUGAUCUGCGCCACCGCAUGUUUCAAUUCGCCCCGGUAUACGUCAGCGCCGAAGCCAUGCGCUGGUGGCUCGGCAGCGAUAGCUUCGCUAAACACAAAUGCAUCUUGUCAACGGAAGACGAGUUGCGGCGCGAGCUUACCCCGAAUGACAAUUUGCCCGAUGACACUGUCACCGAACACGGGGAUGACCCAGGCGACGCUUUUUUGGGUAGCUCGGCUCCUAGUCCCUGGUAUGGUCCAGGAACACCCCCAUUCGCAUUCUGGAUCGGUGGGUCCGAUGCCCUUGUCGAUGGUCGCAGGCUGGUAGAUCGCUUCCAUAGCGGUCGUGAACCCCAUGCACGUCUGGUUCAUUCAAAGAUCAUCGAGGAAUAUGAACAUCUUGAUGUUCUUUGGGCCAUGGAUGCCAUUGAUCAAGUUGGCCAGGAGGUCAAAGAUGUCAUUUGGAAGACCAUGCCAGACCAUGCACGUCAUAUCUGUCGUGCCCCUCGAGGUGUCGAUUUUGAAGAGAUAUAA